GGAGGAGGACAGACUGUGACAGCCCAUCUUCAAGCCCACAGUCCAAUCUGCUGUUGAAACAGUAGUCGGCGUGCUGAGCCAGGAGCUAACCAGUAGCUCCCUCCCUCCCUCUCUCUCUCUCUCUCUCUCUCUCUCUCUGAGACCUGGGACAGCGAGGCGAAGGGGAGAGCAGCUCAUUCCACAACACGGCAGUCCUCCAUGGCUCUGUGCAACGGAGACAGCAAGCUGGAGAUCAGCAGCGCAGAGCAGAAUGGGUCAUGUGAGGGAGCGGUGGCGAUCCUGGAUGCUGGGGCCCAGUACGGAAAGGUGAUUGACAGGCGGGUGCGAGAGCUGUGUGUACGCUCUGAGAUCCUCCCUUUAGAGACCCCAGCCUUUGCUAUCAGAGAACAGGGCUACAGGGCAAUUAUCAUUUCAGGAGGUCCUGCUUCUGUGUAUGCAGAAGAUGCCCCCUGGUUCGACCCUGCCAUAUUCACCAUAGGAAAGCCUGUCCUUGGGAUUUGCUAUGGGAUGCAGAUGAUGAAUAAGGUUUUUGGCGGCACAGUACACAAAAAGAGUGUGAGGGAAGAUGGAGUGUUCAGUAUUGGACUGGACAACACUUGUUCUCUCUUCAGAGGCUUGCAGAAGGAGGAACUGGUCCUGCUGACCCAUGGAGAUAGUGUGGAUAAAGUGGCUGAUGGCUUUAAAGUGGUGGCCCAAUCAGGGAACAUCAUUGCCGGGAUUGCUAACGAACAGAAGAAGCUGUAUGGGACGCAGUUUCACCCUGAAGUCGACUUGACGGAGCGAGGCAUGGAGAUGCUGCGUACCUUCCUGUUUGAGAUUGCAGGAUGCACGAGUAACUUUACCGUACAGAACCGCCAACAGGCCUGCAUCGACGAGAUCAGAGAAAAAGUAGACAAGUCUAAAGUGCUGGUGCUGCUGAGUGGUGGGGUGGACUCCACAGUUUGCACAGCUCUCCUAAACAAAGCCCUCAACCAGGACCAGGUGAUAGCAGUGCACAUCGACAACGGCUUCAUGAGGAAGAGAGAGAGUCAGAGUGUGGAGGAGGCCCUCACCAAGCUGGGCAUCAAACUCAAAGUGGUAAAUGCAGCUCACACCUUCUACAACGGAACGACAACCCUCCCCAUUUCUGAGGAGGACAGGACACCACGAAAACGCAUCAGCAAGACUUUGAAUAUGACUACCAACCCGGAAGAAAAAAGGAAAAUCAUUGGAGAUACAUUUGUCAAAGUGGCAAAUGAAGUGAUAGGAGAGAUGAAUCUGAAGCCAGAAGAGGUUUUCCUGGCCCAGGGUACCUUACGGCCCGAUCUCAUUGAGAGUGCCUCUCAUCUUGCCAGCGGCAAGGCAGAGGUCAUCAAAACACACCACAACGACACUGAGCUCAUCCGCAAACUCCGAGAUGAGGGUAAAGUAAUCGAACCGCUGAAAGAUUUCCAUAAAGAUGAAGUCAGAGCGCUGGGGAGAGAGCUGGGCCUGCCAGAGGAGAUUGUCUCCCGACACCCUUUCCCUGGUCCUGGUUUGUCCAUCAGAGUGAUUUGUGCAGAGGAGCCCUACAUCUGUAAGGACUUUGCUGAAACAAACAACAUCCUCAAAAUCAUCACAGACUUCUCUGCAAGCGUCAAAAAGCCCCAUGUCUUGCUGCAGAGAGUCAAGUCGUGUAUAUCAGACGAGGAGGAAGAGAAGCUCAUGCAGAUCACCAGCCUUCAUUCACUCAAUGCCUUCCUGCUGCCCAUCAAAACUGUCGGCGUCCAGGGUGAUUGCCGGUCCUACAGUUACGUGUGCGGUGUCACAAGUAAAGAAUCUCCGCACUGGGAAUCUCUCAUGUUCCUGGCCAGACUCAUCCCUCGCAUGUGCCAUAGCAUCAAUAGAGUUGUGUAUGUGUUUGGGUCCCACGUGAAAGAGCCGCCAUCAGACAUUACCCCAACUUUCCUGACCACAGGUGUUCUGAGCACGCUCAGACAGGCUGACUUUGUAGCUCACUCGAUCCUUAGAGAGUCUGGCUAUUCCGGUAAGAUCAGCCAGAUGCCGGUCAUCCUGACCCCCCUGCACUUUGACCGUGACCCACUGCAAAAGCAGCCAUCCUGCCGGCGCUCUGUGGUGGUCCGCACCUUCAUCACCAGCGAUUUCAUGACCGGCAUCCCCGCCAUGCCUGGCAACCAUAUCCCAGAGGAGGUGGUUCUGAAGAUGGUGAAUGAGAUCAAGAAGAUCCCAGGCAUCUCCAGAGUCAUGUAUGAUCUGACCUCCAAACCACCCGGCACCACAGAGUGGGAAUAAAACACAACACGACGUCACACCGACAGGACACGCACUCACACACAAUGCACAAACACGCUCAACAGAUAUCAGAGAGGGCUGGUGAACUCCUCUCCUUUUCUGUCCUUCUUCCCUCUCCCUACUUUCCUCACCUGCCCUCCGUCUUUAUGUCCUGUACCUCCACCCCUCUCUUCAACAUUCCCAUGGAAGGCAGACCGUACUGUGACGAGCGCACGUGCAAAGGCGCUACUACUCUGCUCUCCCCCACCACUCCUCCCUGGUCUUAAUAUUUUUGGCGAUAGGGAUUGAUUAAUGUUGGUUAUUGAUAAUAUAUUGUCCUUUUUUGAUCCAUGUAAACAGUGUAUUUCCUCUUUACGAUGAAAAGGUAAAUUGCUGCUUCCUUUUUGUUAGGUCAACCAUUAAAGGCAAGCGGCGAGAAGCUGUGAAAGUUCAGAAAGUGGACUUUGAUGUUGUGCCUCAGGUUGCAUUCUGGGAUGAGCUGAACAUGAAAACAAGCAAAACAUAGAGUCAUAAAAAGAAAGAAUAGCAGAAGUAGAAUUUAAAAAUCUUCAAUUGUUUCCUGCCUUUUUUUUGUUGGAUGUUUUUGUCUUACUGUUGUAGGUCAAAAUGUUCUCAACCUAAGACUAUCCUCUCUCUAUUUGUUCAUUUUCACUUUCUGCCUGUAUACUGUGCUAUGAAGAAGAUUGUCUGUUUAAAGUAAAACUGAACAGACAACCUAUGUGACCAAUCAAUACUUUUUAAGCUUUUUUUGUUUUGCCAAAAGUAGAAUAUGCUGUGGUGAUAUAUAACGUUGUGGGCUCCUCUGACGAUCUUCUCCAAGCUACAUUUGUUGACAAGAGCUCUUGACUUGUUGCUGCACACAUCGUGGGCAGCAGUCAACCCAAGAUUAGCUUCAGUAUGAUGACUAGUGUGCAGUUGUGCAGGAGGCCAAUAUGAUGGGUAAAUUUGUAUGUGCCUGUUCUAUUGUUUUUUUCUUUAUUUCUUUGGUGUGACCCAACCUGGACUCUGUUUCCAGAAAGGAGGAUAUAACACUGUUUCUCCUCAUGCUGCAAUAUGUAUGCUUUUUAUGAAGAAUAAACAUGACAAGAGGACUAACUAAUAACAAAAUUAUAAGUACAGUAGAGUUUAUAACCACAUUGUGUAAAUUGCUGUUGUCUUUUCAUCAUUAUUUGGCUGCUCUUUUGUUGUGCAGGGGCACAUUUUUGCACAUUUUGUCUUGUUUUCACCAAGCCUUGGUGCUUUAUCAGCAUAACAGAAUCAUACAUCCAGCAGGAAGUACACCUUAUUAAGUGUGUUGCUCUGUAGUGUCAAAGGUCAGUGUAAAAGUACUGUCCGAUGCCAUUUCAAACAUUCAAGUUCACGGUGUCUCAUAAAGGCAUUACUGCUUAAUUUUUAUGUUUCGUUCUCAAAACAACAUAAUCUCCAGUCUUCUGUCUCGUCAUUUAGACCUCAGCGAAUACAGUGCUCAGGUUUAACUGAGUUUUAAAAAGUGUAUUGUACCCUGAUAGACACAUCUCACCCGGACGUGGUGGUUCUCAUGCCUCCAGAAUUUGUCUUUGUGCCUCUCAUCCUUUGUUAAAUCCUUAAACUUUAGUGGCAAAAUACUCCUAAUGCAAAAUGAAUGGUUUUCCUGAAUUGUCUUAACUGCUAUUAGUGUUUCUCCCUCUGUUCGGCCUUUUUAUACGUGGCUAUUUUCUGUUACACGUCUCCAUAGAAAACAACAGCUUGAUAGUAAUGGACAUAUAAUUUUGUAGUUGGAUUUAAUUGCAAUAUCGAUAAGAUUAAGUUAUGCAAUUUAAUGUUUUUGGGGGUUUUUUGGUUCAUUUUUUUUAAUUUUGUUUGUGUUCCAACAACGCUCAUUCUUCUUAGUAACGUGCCUCAAACCAAGCCACUGCAUGCAGUUUCAACUAUGAUGACAUUUGUACAAUGGAAAACUGAGCUUUAAUAAAGAUCUCCAUGUUGAAACUUC